AUGAUGAUGGUCUAUACAAAUAAUCUUUUUUUAGUCGUUAUAGUAAUGUUAUAUAUUAUAAAGAUUGUAUUUUCUAAUGUGUUAGAUUUGGAUAAUGUAGAUAAUUCGAGUUUUUAUAUGAUAAAAAUUGUUGAACGCGGAGUAACGAAAAUUAUGAUAUUAUCUACUCCAGAAAAUAAGAUAACUGAAAUACGUAAAGUUAAAAGAUUAAUUUGGAUGUCGGAUCCCGGUGAAUAUGUUAAAUGUGUUACUAUUUACGAAUUUUAUAACACAAGAAAAGGCAUUAUGACCAUUGAAAUUAAAAAUCCCCAAAAAACUAAGAUGUUUUAUCUACGUAAAUAUUAUUCACACUAUGUGUAUACCAGUAAACAAAAAUUUGAAGAUGAAUUAAAAGAGCUUUCUAAAUAUACUCACCAAAAACACGAAAAGGCACUUGAACGUAUGCAAAAAUUUAGUAUACAUAGGAAACGUAAAUUUCCAAGUGAAACAGAUGAUACUGAAGAAGAACCACUUGAUCUAAGUAUUAAACAAAAAUCUAAAGUUGAUGAAUCACAUACAGAGCCGUUAGAACCAGAAACUAUUCAAGUGGAAAUUUCAUCAGAUGAUGAAGAUGAUGAACCAAUUGAUUUAAGUAUUGAACAAAAAUCUACAACUACUGAACCAGUUGUGGAACACACUGAAGAAGAAAUUAUUCAUUUACAAAUAUCAUCAGAUGAAGAAGGUAAAACUACUGAACCAGUCGUCGAACACACUGAAGAAGAAAUUAUUCAUUUACAAAUAUCAUCAGAUGAAGAAGGUAAAACUACUGAACCAGUCGUCGAACACACUGAAGAAGAAAUUAUUCAUUUACAAAUAUCAUCAGAUGAAGAACAUAUACAAACUAGAGAACCAGAACACACUGAAGAAUCCAAAACUACAGAACUAGAAACAACAAAGGAAUCAGAACAGUUAAAACCAGAAACUAUUCCAGUUGAAAUUGGAUCAGAUGAUGAACCUGAGGUACAAGAACCACUUGACUUAUCACAAUAUUAUACUAAACGUACAACAUCAGAAGCUGAACAUAUAGAACAUGCAGAACCAGAACAUACUAAACAUAUAGAACCUACUGAACCAGAAACUAUUACAGUGGAAAUUGAGUCAGAUGAUGAUGAACAUGAAGAAGAACUCACGAAACAAGAAAGAAAAAAACAUGUAAUGGAUAAAUUAAAGAAGAUGAUAAAACAAAGAAUAAAAGAAAAGUCUAAACAAUACGCUGAACCAGAGAAUUAUCCUCAACCAUUAGGUAUAGAACAUGAGGACCAUACACAUCAGGAUUUAAUUAUUCUUGGAUCAGAACCAUCUGAGGAAUCACAUACAGAAGAUAAUAAUUCAUCGACUAUUGUUAGAACGGAAUCUACCAAACCACAACCUGAUAUAUCAACCGAAGAUACUCACACUCAAACUGACACAGAUAUAGAUAAAAAAACUCGUUCAUCUCUUCCACUUAAGAAAAGACCAUAUAAACAAGAUUAA